AAGGCACAAGUGGCGAUCAUGAUGGGGCUGCUGGCGAAGACGCCCGCGGUGCUGUCGCUCAAUGGGCAGCCGCAGGUGACGCUGCGCGUGGACAAGGGCGACGACGCGGAGCAGACGCAGCACGCGGAGCCCCCGACGUCCGUGGGCGGGCCGACGCUGGAGCUCAUGAAGCUGCUGGGGUCCCUGGUGCGGCUGCGCAUCUCGGACGGCCGCGUGGUGGUCGGCCGCUUCCACUGCUUCGACAAGCACCAGAACGUGAUCCUCAAGGACGCGCGCGAGUUCGCGCCCACGCGCUUGGGGCUCAGCAAGAACAGCAAGGACAAGGUGGCCAGGGCCGCGGAGGCUCGAGACCAGGAGGAGGCGCGCUUCGCCGGCGUCCUGCUGCCCCCUGGCAGCCGCUCGCUCGGGAUGACGCUCGUGCCCGGCAAGCACAUCGUGUACAUGAAGGUGCAGUGCUGAUAGAGUAGAGAAGGCAGUGAGUGGUUGGAGAGGAUAAGGAGCCGAGAGUAUCGUCACUUUACGUAUACAGUAUCGAUAGCUCG